CUAAGGAGAUUGUGGACAUUGAGGCUUCUCUUGCACCAUUGACAGGAGAGGUCAUGGCUGUUAUGGUCAACUCCAGAGAAUGCCAGGGAGGAGAGCAAGGAACAAUGGAUGUGCUUCGAGAAAUAACACACAAAGUAAAUGUUUUGGCUUCAAGGGAUAGUGUUGGUGGUCUUCUGGAAGACACCCUAGCAGAGGAAAAAAAUCUGAAAGAGACUGUAUCCUCUGGCAGCUUGGUGAGUCCAAACAUCCUCAUACUUUCACCUUCUGAGAAAAAGCUUGGAUCUCCUGUAAUGACAACCAUUGAGAAAUUCUCCAGUGGUGAAUUGAAGUCAGAAGCCACUAACGCUAUUAGCGAAGUGCUCAUUAGGUCUAGCAGAAGUCUAUCUGCACAAAUGUCUGCUUGCACACCUGAGCAUUCAUGUAAUCUGGCCAGUGAAAGGAAUCUGCCAGCUAUGCCAGAACUUUUAACAACUACAAUUAAUGUAGGUUCUGAAGCCUCUGAAAUUAUGGAUUCCUUUCUGAGCGAUAUGACAUGUAUCGCACAAUCAGAUUUCACAAAAAUGAAAGCUCUACCCGCGGCCCUUAACCUUUCUAAAAGGUUGCAGAAUACGCUGAGGGGAUUUUACACUCGACUUUUGGCCCCUAACAGCUCAGAACGAGACAAAGAGGAGAAUCUAGAGCAAGCUAAAAACAUUUCUGCUCCUACUUUGAUCCAAAAGUCAUUUGGAUCCAACAAGAGUGAGCGUAUGCUUCCAGGGGUCAUAUCACCAGGAGAAGUGGCUCUUCAUAGACAUCAGAGUGAAAGCUCCAGACCUACGGCUCUUAGCCCUCAGAUCAUUCAGCUUCACCUCGACUCUACCACUAAGGAGGUUGUGAGCACAAUUGUGUCAUGUUACAAGCCAGAAGUUCCUGAGGAAGAAUUGACAUAUUCACAUGAAAAGAUGUCAUCGGAUACGUCCCUUUUGGCUACUGAGUUUGUGGACAAUGUCAUAGCUUGGUUAAAGGUCAUCUCUGCCGCAAGUUCUGCAACUUCUUCAUCAGAGAGUUUGUGCGUUUCUCCAAAUGCAUUCAUUUGCGAACUCUCCAGUGAAACGUUUCAGACACAGGCUGUGAAACAAGUGAAACAAGUCCUAAUUGAAUAUGUCAGGUGCUUUUCCAACUCAGGAAGUUCCAGCAUAUCAGAGUCCCACACUAGUCUGGUCAGUCAAUCAGAUUUUGGCAUUCAACAGGAUUCCUCCUCAACUUCCUUUAUGAGCAUGGACUCAUCCUCUUUUGGUGUUGUUGCAGCCGUUGUGAAAGACAUGAAGAGCCUGUUGCAGACCACCGAAUCAACUGAUAGUCUACAGCCAACUGAUUCUGCCCUUCUACAUGGUACCACAAGUUAUUCUGAGACAUCAAGCAAGAGCUGGCAAAGUGGCGUUGCCAUUUCUGACUUUAAACUUUGGUCUACAGCACAGACUAUUUAUAGGCACCUGCGGAACAACCUGAGAGAGUUUUUCAUCCGGCAUCAUCAACCAGAUGUAAAAACCACAGAUGCUAUCAUAAUGCAAGCCAAAAAAAGCAGCAGUCAAAUCUUGCUUGCCAUCCAAGAGGAAAUGACCAGAUCGGAGGAAUUGAUGACCUCACGGGAGCUGGUGCAACUCCAUGGCAUUGUGGGAAUGAUGCUGGAGGGUGUGGAGACAGUUUGCAGUGAGGAUGAUACAGAGCAAGAGUGGCAAGAGCUUCAAAGGCCUUCAACGUCUUUAUCUACUGCUUCAAAAGGCUCAAGGUCUCAGAGAUUGAACAAUACUCACACUCUCCCAGGAACUCCAAUGUCAACUGAGUUACUGGACAGUAGCUUCCCUGUCAUUAGAAGCACAUGUAUUGAUGCAAGAGAUGAUAUUGCAUCCGGGGCCUCAUUGAGUGACCUAGGAAAAACCCUGAAUGGUGUGGUGAGCUUCAUCAUUGAACAUAUUGAUCCUGAAGUGAUGCAGCGGAUCACUUCUCCAGACUCUGAUCUAACAUCACUAGAAGAACUUAUCUCAAAGGAGAAGAUUCACUCAUUGUGCCAUGACCUUGUUGAUCAACUUGAGAGCCUCAUUCGGGAGCAGAACAGCAUCCCACUAAUCAAAUCGGUGGCAGUCACUAAGUGUGUCUCUGACACAGUUUUGCUUAACCUAGCAAGGAGGGAAAACCAAGUGGGGAAACCCUUCUCCUCCAAACUCAUCUACAUGUUCGCUGAGGAGUUAAUGAACCAAUUGCUGCUUCCUUUGAUCUUGCCUCCUUCAUUGUGGGGCUUGGAUCAGGAAGCCUCCCUUUACGAUGUUCUGUCGAGCACAUCUAGUCACCGCAGCUCAAGUUCCACUACUUCUCGAGUGACUGUACUUGAUGGUAGUAGCUCUCUGGUGUCUGCUAGUUCUUCGCAGGUUUACGAUGACACAGUGAAUCUGUUCACAAGCGCGAUAUGUCACCAAGUGAUGGACAACAUUUCUGGAGCUUCUAGUCACACAGUGGAGGACAACAUCCAUGACAGAGAGGCAUCCAUCAUUGCUACUGGGUCUGUGGAUCAGGACCAGAGUGAUUCCAGUUCUCCUCCGGCUGUGAAACAAGGCAAAUGGAGGUUCAGAUUCCUCCCAAAGUUUUCCAAGUUCAGACUCAACCUCAAGGACUUGGAAGAUAGCCACCAGGAGAAAGGGAUGGAAGAGGAGGUGGAGGCAGAGAAACCAGACGCUCAACUAAAGGAAGAGAAGAAGGUCAUGUCUGGCAAGGCCCCCAAAAAAUCAGCAGACCAAGGCACUGAAGAAGUGGCAUUCUGUUCACCCCGAGCUCACUAUCUAGAUAAAUACCAAAACAGAGCGGCCGUAAUUCAACUCUUACAUGAGGAAUUACGCAAGAGUCAACUUUACCCCUCAGGAAUGGAAGAGGACGUCUGCUUCCCAAUCCUCAUCAAUUUCAUGAGGAAUCUCACUGAUAGGCAGUGGAAGGUGAUUCAGGAGGGCAUGAUAAAUCCUACAACCAAAGUACAACUUGCCAAAAUGUGUAAGAAGAUAGCGAAAACGGUUUCCCACAUUGCGGUAGAGAUCCUCAUCCCGACCCUUGCACAAAUAUUAGAGCUUGAUUCCGCUGGAGAAGCUAGUUCCUCUCCCUCGCUGACUGGAUCAGAGUGCGCCAACAUUGCAAGCAUCCAGGAACAUGUGGUGAAAUUGAAUGAAGAUGGUCUACCUAAGAGGACGGGCAGUGGAAGGUCCCUGUGCAGUCCACGGGCCAGGACUCCCUCCCCCUCGGCCACUGAUUUUGAGCAGUCACACAUGGUGACAUUUGAUGACAAAGAUCUAUCCACAAGGCCCAGCAGUGGAAGGUAUCUGUACAGUCAAUGGGUCAAGAGUCCCUACCCCUCAUCCACUGAAUUUGAACAGAGGCUUGAAUUGAUCCGCGGACACAGUUACCACAACAGAGAAUUGACGGCGAGCGGCAGUGGCAGACAUUAUUACAGCUCCCACACACCCACUCCACGUUCUUCCACAAGUUCCCAGACGUCGUUGCAGAGGGCACAUCGAGUAGACGUUCAACUGACAGAUCCUCUGAAUGCCCUCUUUGGGAUCACAGAGGCCACAAUUCUCCAAACGCUGGGUGAUCAAUCCUGCUCUUCUGGCUCACCUGGAUUGACCAGAUCUGUGGUCAGAGAUGUUGUGAGUCAGGUGAACUCUGACAUCUCACUGAUCAUCUCCUGUUCCAGCUCAGGUAAAUCAAGACCAGUGUUGUGUGACACUGGCAGGCGAUAUGCCAUGCAGGCCGCCCAGAAGCUGGUGUCUGUUAUCUGUGCCAAGUUGCGGAGGUUUGGAAUCACUGGACAGGCUGCGCCUCAAGCCAAAACCAAUCCAUCUAAGGAGAUUGUGGACAUUGAGGCUUCUCUUGCACCAUUGACAGGAGAGGUCAUGGCUGUUAUGGUCAACUCCAGAGAAUGCCAGGGAGGAGAGCAAGGAACAAUGGAUGUGCUUCGAGAAAUAACACACAAAGUAAAUGUUUUGGCUUCAAGGGAUAGUGUUGGUGGUCUUCUGGAAGACUCCCUAGCAGAGGAAAAAAAUCUGAAAGAGACUGUAUCCUCUGGCAGCUUGGUGAGUCCAAACAUCCUCAUACUUUCACCUUCUGAGAAAAAGCUUGGAUCUCCUGUAAUGACAACCAUUGAGAAAUUCUCCAGUGGUGAAUUGAAGUCAGAAGCCACUAACGCUAUUAGCGAAGUGCUCAUUAGGUCUAGCAGAAGUCUAUCUGCACAAAUGUCUGCUUGCACACCUGAGCAUUCAUGUAAUCUGGCCAGUGAAAGGAAUCUGCCAGCUAUGCCAGAACUUUUAACAACUACAAUUAAUGUAGGUUCUGAAGCCUCUGAAAUUAUGGAUUCCUUUCUGAGCGAUAUGACAUGUAUCGCACAAUCAGAUUUCACAAAAAUGAAAGCUCUACCCGCGGCCCUUAACCUUUCUAAACGGUUGCAGAAUACGCUGAGGGGAUUUUACACUCGACUUUUGGCCCCUAACAGCUCAGAACGAGACAAAGAGGAGAAUCUAGAGCAAGCUAAAAACAUUUCUGCUCCUACUUUGAUCCAAAAGUCAUUUGGAUCCAACAAGAGUGAGCGUAUGCUUCCAGGGGUCAUAUCACCAGGAGAAGUGGCUCUUCAUAGACAUCAGAGUGAAAGCUCCAGACCUACGGCUCUUAGCCCUCAGAUCAUUCAGCUUCACCUCGACUCUACCACUAAGGAGGUUGUGAGCACAAUUGUGUCAUGUUACAAGCCAGAAGUUCCUGAGGAAGAAUUGACAUAUUCACAUGAAAAGAUGUCAUCGGAUACGUCCCUUUUGGCUACUGAGUUUGUGGACCAUGUCAUAGCUUGGUUAAAGGUCAUCUCUGCCGCAAGUUCUGCAACUUCUUCAUCAGAGAGUUUGUGUGUUUCUCCAAAUGCAUUCAUUUGCGAACUCUCCAGUGAAACAUUUCAGACACAGGCUGUGAAACAAGUGAAACAAGUCCUAAUUGAAUAUGUCAGGUGCUUUUCCAACUCAGGAAGUUCCAGCAUAUCAGAGUCCCACACUAGUCUGGUCAGUCAAUCAGAUUUUGGCAUUCAACAGGAUUCCUCCUCAACUUCCUUUAUGAGCAUGGACUCAUCCUCUUUUGGUGUUGUUGCAGCAGUUGUGAAAGACAUGAAGAGCUUGUUGCAGACCACCGAAUCAACUGAUAGUCUACAGCCAACUGAUUCUGCCCUUCUACAUGGUACCACAAGUUAUUCUGAGACAUCAAGCAAGAGCUGGCAAAGUGGCGUUGCCAUUUCUGACUUUAAACUUUGGUCUACAGCACAGACUAUUUAUAGGCACCUGCGGAACAACCUGAGAGAGUUUUUCAUCCGGCAUCAUCAACCAGAUGUAAAAACCACAGAUGCUAUCAUAAUGCAAGCCAAAAAAAGCAGCAGUCAAAUCUUGCAUGCCAUCCAAGAGGAAAUGACCAGAUCGGAGGAAUUGAUGACCUCACGGGAGCUGGUGCAACUCCAUGGCAUUGUGGGAAUGAUGCUGGAGGGUGUGGAGACAGUUUGCAGUGAGGAUGAUACAGAGCAAGAGUGGCAAGAGCUUCAAAGGCCUUCAACGUCUUUAUCUACUGCUUCAAAAGGCUCAAGGUCUCAGAGAUUGAACAAUACUCACACUCUCCCAGGAACUCCAAUGUCAACUGAGUUACUGGACAGUAGCUUCCCUGUCAUUAGAAGCACAUGUAUUGAUGCAAGAGAUGAUAUUGCAUCCGGGGCCUCAUUGAGUGACCUAGGAAAAACCCUGAAUGGUGUGGUGAGCUUCAUCAUUGAACAUAUUGAUCCUGAAGUGAUGCAGCGGAUCACUUCUCCAGACUCUGAUCUAACAUCACUAGAAGAACUUAUCUCAAAGGAGAAGAUUCACUCAUUGUGCCAUGACCUUGUUGAUCAACUUGAGAGCCUCAUUCGGGAGCAGAACAGCAUCCCACUAAUCAAAUCGGUGGCAGUCACUAAGUGUGUCUCUGACACAGUUUUGCUUAACCUAGCAAGGAGGGAAAACCAAGUGGGGAAAACCUUCUCCUCCAAACUCAUCUACAUGUUCGCUGAGGAGUUAGUGAAGCAAUUGCUGCUUCCUUUGAUCUUGCCUCCUUCAUUGUGGGGCUUGGAUCAGGAAGCCUCCCUUUACGAUGUUCCGUCGAGCACAUCUAGUCACCGCAGCUCAAGUUCCACUACUGCUCGAGUGACUGUACUUGAUGGUAGUAGCUCUCUGGUGUCUGCUAGUUCUUCGCAGGUUUACGAUGACACAGUGAAUCUGUUCACAAGCGCGAUCUGUCACCAAGUGAUGGACAACAUUUCUGGAGCCUCUAGUCACACAGUGGAGGACAACAUCCAUGACAGAGACGCAUCCAUCAUUGCUACUGGGUCUGUGGAUCAGGCCCAGAGUGAUUCCAGUUCUCCUCCGGCUGUGAAACAAGGCAAAUGGAGGUUCAGAUUCCUCCCAAAGAUUUCCAAGUUCAGACUCAACCUCAAGUGCUUCAGGCGGCGCAACAAAAAGGAGGUACAGCCCUCAGAGGAAGCCCAGGACCAGAUUAAGUUUCCCCGGGAAGAGGACCAUUGCAUAUUACCCAACAUAGUGCCAAAGGCUGCCAUGGCUCCACUUCAAGAGAGUUGUCUCUCCACUUCUCAACCCAAGGAGAAGAAACACAAACCCUCCAUCUUUGUCAGGAUGUUUUCGGCCAUCAACAAAUGCUUUUGCAACACCUUAAAAAUGUCAAUCUAACAAAUAACAACACUUAAUUAAUCAAAUAAAGAUUUAUU